CCAACAGGCCCUGUGAUGCAGGCUCAAAGUCUCCUCCGGGUCUGCUGCCUGCAACUUCUCGUCGACGCACCACUUGAGAGAGUAUUUCGGACUGGAUACGGAAAGCAGCAGAACAUGGCUCUCCUGCAAACAACGUUUCUCCCGCUGUUCCUCCACAUGUGCCUCCUCAGCUGGAGCGCGUGGGCCAAGGUGGAGCUGACUAUGCAUGAGAGUGUUGAGGUGUACCUGGGUGACUCGGCUCAGAUCCCCUGCCAGUACAGCUUCACUGACGCCAACAACGAGCCCAGCUUUGUCAUGAUCCAGUGGUUUGUGAAAUCUGUGGGCAACAGCUCCCGGAUGCGGAUCUUCUACGGUGAUGGCAGUCAGCAGAUGGUGGACAACAACACGGACUACACCGGACGCAUCGAGGUGACUUCAGACCAGCAGGGAACUCAACUCAUCAUCCAAGAUGUCCAGCUGUAUGACGAGAGGGAAUUCUUCUGCCAGGUUAACGGGCUGGCCGCCGGGAACGCUGAAGGCAAGACCCACCUCAGGGUGUUUGCUCCUCCAGAGGCUCCAGUGAUGGAGGGUGUCCUUACUGGGAUAUCUGUAACCAAUGAGGUGCCGUCUAAGGUUGCAUCAUGUGAAGCUCGGAACGGCUUUCCUAAACCCAACAUCACCUGGUACAGGAACAGCAUGCCGCUGAUGUCGGCACCUGGACAUGUGAACGUGUUGAUCCUGGUGACCCGGGAGUCCAGCGGCUUCUACUCUGUCCAGAGUACGCUGGAGUACAAAGUGGCUAAGGAGGACAAGGAUGCCCAUUUCUCCUGUGAGGUCAGCUUCUUUGUCCCCGGAGCCAUCAGGACAGUGGAGUCCAACGGCAUCAACGUCACUAUUCACUACCCCACCACCAUGGUGGAGCUGUGGAAGGAGUCGCCCCAGGGCUUGGUCAAAGAGGGGGAUACUGUGGAGCUGCGUUGCCAGGGUGAUGGCAACCCCCCGCCGCCCUUCAUUUUCAACAGAGAACAAGAACCAGAUGUGGACUUGGAGAGCAGCGGCGAUGUAUUGAUGCUGUCACCAGUGUCACGGAAAGACAGUGGCAUCUAUCAGUGUCACCCCCUGGACUCCGACGGCUACACCGACGUCAAAGGGGAAAUGCAACUCACCGUGCACUACUUGGACCCGGCUGUGGUUGUACCUAAAGACUCAGAGGUUAUGCUCAAAGGAGAAGAUCUGACUGCAACCUGCAAUGCUCUGUCCUCCCUGAAAACAUCCACUGUUUGGUACAAGGAUGGAAAGCAGCUGGGCUCGGGGAACACACUGCACCUGAAGGAUGCCUCCUAUGAAACAACAGGAGAGUACAUAUGUGAGGUGACCGUUCCCUCCCUGCCUGCCCUGCACACCAGUGGCUCUGUGCACAUCAUCGUCCAAGGUGGUCCUCAGCUGGUGGGAGCGGAGCAGGAGGUGCAGCUGGAGGAGGCGACAGGCAGGAUGGUGAACCUGAGCUGUGAGGUUCAGGGUCAUCCGCUGCCCAGCAUCUCCUGGAGCAUCAUCGGCAGCCAGAUCUGGCACGAGGUGGUGAACAAGGCGACCGAGCACGUGACCCACAGCGUGGUGUCGGUCAAAGUCACCUCAGACAUCAGCGCUCUGUGCAACGCUUCCAACGACAUGGGCACUGAAGUCAAAGCUUUCAGCAUCAAAGCCAUUCCCAGAGUCACCUCAGCUGCUCCCUUCUCCCCCGCUGAGGGCAGUGGGGUGAUCAUAGUGGUGAUCAUACUGUGUCUGCUGCUGCUGGCCAUCCUCGGCAGCGUGCUCUACUUCCUGCAUAAGAAGGGGAAGAUCCCGUGUGGACGCUCAGGGAAACAGGAGAUCAGCACCAAAGAGAAGACCACCAAAGAUGACAUUGUCGUGGAGAUGAAGACCAACACAAAGAAUGAGGAAGCUGUCCUCCUAAAGGCCGUCAACGGAGACAAAAAGGGCCCCAAUGACCAGUAAAGCCCCUGACGGCUCAGCAGUGAUGUUGUGCAGCAGGAGGCAGGACACAUGAAGCCAGCAGUCAGUCAGUCAGUGUGUGUGAGACGCUCCCACUGAUUUGAGACCUGCAGGGUAACACCACCAUCUCACAGUCCGGACAUUCCCCCCCAUCAUGCUUUGUUCUCAGCAGUAUUCAGUAGAUUUACACAACCACACAACCACACACACACACACACACACACACACACACAUUACACACACACACACUCAAACACACAGGUAUGUAUGUACAGAUGUGUAUUUUCUUUCAAAUGAACGUUCGCUUCCUCGACAUUCAGUUUGUUUUGUACUGUUUCCUCAAACAGCUCUUGGCUGGUGUUCAGUGUGUGUACGAUGGUGUCUCAUGAGCAUCAUCUUUUUUUUUUUUUCUCAAUGAAAGUGUAUAUAUUAUAUAUAUUUUGUUAUUUAAGAUAUUUUGGCACUCAGAUUUUCAUUUCAUGGUAGCGUCUGGGUCAUGUGCAUGUUGAUCCGUGUUCAUGGGUCCAGGUGUGUUUUGAGACGGGACAUGAUGUCAGAGACCAAACGCCAGCCGUUCCUCUGCGGCGGCUCCUUCCUGUUGGUUCACAGUCGCACUGAGAGAAGGCGUGUCAGUGUGUUUGCUUCACUUUGAUUUUUGAUUGACACCAAUAUUUGUAGAAAUUGAUUUUAAGAUUUACCAAAUGCUGAGGCAUUUCCUCCAGAACUGAUGUCAUCGCAGGAAAAUCAUGAUGUUAUCUGUAAAAGCUGUCGGUCAGACACACUGGCAGCCACAGAUAUAGUAACAUAGAUGCCUCAUUGGCUGCUGGAUUGUACGUCAACGGCGAUGCCAUAUUGUAAAAGGCAAGACCAGACUGUAAACAAAUGUCAGUAAACAGAAGAGGAUAAAAAGCUCUAUAACUUUACUAUUUAUUAACCAAUUGCAAUGAGUUGUUUUUAUGUUCAUGGGUUUAUGACUGGAAUACUCAACUUGCUUUGUUUGAGGGCCACUUUUGAAAAAAUGACCUUAGGCCAGGGGCCAGUCACAGCAGCCCUGCAUAGGUCAGGGGCAUUUCUAGGAUUUGAGGCCCAGGCCUCUGUCGGGGGUCCGGGGAAUCCUUGGCACUUUCUUUGAUAAACAAGCUCCGUUCUGAUGUUUAUUACACACCCUGGAGCCUUAUUUACAGUAAAACUACAACAGAAUUAUUUUCAUUGUGAAUUAGAAAAUGGUUGGGGGGCCACCUGGCACCCUAUCUGGCCCACAGGCGUAAGUUGAGUAUCACUUGUUUGCAGCCAAUUUUAAUCUCAAUCUUUCGGCUAUAAUCACUGCUGGACGUUCAGUAAAAGAGUCUGUGUUAGGCUUACAUGAACUGAAUUACUUACCUGGUGAUAAAUAAUUAAUUGUCAAUUUGAAAUUUAAAAACUCAUUUGUCAGACAUGGAUUUGACUUAUUUUUCUUGGUUGAAUAAUUACGGAGACAUCCCUUUAUAAUAUAAUAUAUAUUAAUGUGGAAGUAGGAAAGGAAAAUAAGUCAAAUCCAUGCAGACAAAUGUGAGUUUUUAAAAUCACUUAGUACAGGUAAUUUAGUUCAUGUUAGCCAAACACACACGACUCUGCUGAGUGUCCAUGUGUUUUUAUAGCCUGAAUAUCGAGAUUAUAAUUAAAUGAAGACAAAUUUUUUUCCUCUACAGCACGUAGAUCUUACACCCAUGAAUAUAGAAACGACUCAUCGCAAUCGGUUGAGAGAUAUAAACAUUAUAGAGCUUUUUAUCCAGCUCCUCCGUUUACUGGCAUUUGUUUACAGGCUGGUCUUGCGGUCUCCAAUAUGGCAGUGCCGCUGACGCAUCACUGCAACAGGCUGACACAGUCAGUGCGGCAUCUAUGUCUAUAUGUCUAUGCUGACAACCUUCUUCUGCAAACUGCUGUCAAGCCCUCGUACUGUUUGUAAAUACAUGUAGUGUACAGACCUGCUAGUGGUGGCCUUGGACUGUAACUGAGGGUGAAAAGGUCAAAGGUUAGUGAUCUGCUGUGCCUGUUUUUGCAUCAUACACUGAAUUUGUUUUCUUCCUUUGGUUUGCUCUGUGUGUUUUCUUUGUGUUUCCACUGAGAGCUCGUUGGGCCUGGAGAAGCGCUCCAGUGUUUGUGUGUGUUCGGAUGUUUACUGCUCAUUAAACACACGCAGACCUGCUGACCGUUGGGUUUCUAGACUUUACAUUUCAGUUUGUUUCUGUGCAGUUUGAGAAGAAACUGGCAGACAGCUUCGCUCAGAUAAUCCAUCACUGGGAACAUUUAGUUUCCUGUUCAAAGUUAGAAUAUUAUUCCAUCCAUGGGGAUUUACUGCGGAUUGAUUUGAAAGGUCUGCUCUGCAUGAAACUGUCAUGAAUCUUUAACAACGACACAAGUAGAUGUGGACGUUCUUGUCUGUGAUGGAUUACUGAACUCUGAGUGUAAAGUACCAGCUGUGGAACAUAGAAAUACGACAUCUCUCCCCAGUUUGUCGUGUGUUAUCACUGCAUUCAAUUAUUGUAACAUUCAAAUCACAGAGCUGAACAUCUGGAGCUGCUUUUUGCAGAACGAUAAAUCUCCGAUGAUCUUUGAAAAACCUAGAAAGUUGGUAAAUACUCAGUUUUGAAGGUGUUUCCAGAAUCUAUAAAGACUCUUCCAGCCAGCUGUAUCAACAACAUAUUCCAGUUCUUCACCCAUAAUCUAAGAUGCAUCUGUAUUUCCUGAAACUGCACAUGAACAUCACCUCGCUGUCUGUACUGUGUAUGAAAAUAUUGACUUGAUCAAACACUGUGAUAUUCUGUAAUCCAAACAAAGCUGGCAGUGACACACUGCAGCUCCUCACCUGAUCUGUAGGAUGUUACAGAAAAAACUAAAAUGUUAUGUUAAUUUAUCUUAUUUUUCUCUGUUAUUCUUAAUUAUUUUUCUCAAAGUGGGUGCUACUCAUGCUGCGGUCCACACAAAAACAACAAUCUAAAAACUGACAACAUUUAAAAAAUAAUUCAACACACUAUAAAAUAAUAGACGAUAAAAACUUAGAGUUAAAAUAAGACAGAGGAGUAAAAAGUUUUCAAAAUAAAGUAAGAUUUACAUAAUUUUUCAUUUUUUUUUAUAUUUUUUUCUUGCAUUGUACAAAACAGGUGAGGUGCUAUUUCAUUUCUGGACACUAUUUUAGGGGGAAAAAAGAUUUACAUUUGGGAAAAAUGUGUUUAAUUUAACUUUAAUUUAAACAUUUAUACAUUAAGAAAAAUUUGUUUAAAAUAUUAACAAAAUAAAUGGAGUAAAAAUUAAAAUUUUCCAAAACAAAUUAAGAUUCAUUUUAUUUUCCAUUAUCGUAUAUUUUCAUACACAAUAGGUUUAUAUUUUUUCUUGUGUUGUACAAAACAAGCAAGAUUCUAUUCAAUUUGCGGACACUGUUUUAGGAAAAAAUCUGUUUAAAAUAUUAAGUAUUGUGCACGCAGAUUUUUUUUAAUUCUUAAGGGGAGAAAAAAAUACAUUGGGGAAAAAAUGUUUAAAACAUUUAAAUAUAAAAGGAGUAAAAAAAAAAAUGUAUAAAAAAAGAAAAACAUAAAAUAGUUCCAAAACAAAGUAAGAAAAGAGAAUUCUGCUUAAAAUUCCAAAUAUUGUGCACGUACAGAUUUUUUAAAAAUCCUUGGGAAUCCUUAGGAGAGAAAAUGAAAAAUUACAUUUGGGAAAAAAUUGUUUAAAUAUUUAAACAUAAAAGGAGUAAAAAAAUAAAUCAAACCUUUUUUUAAGUUACAAUAUCCUAUAUUUUCAUAAACAACAGGUUUUAUAUUUUUUCUUGCAUUUUACAAAAUGGACAAGAAGCUGUUUAAUUUGUGGAUACUGUUAUAUAAAAAGAAAUUGCCGUUUCACAGACGUUUUUGUUGUUGUUUUUUUUUUAAUCCUGGCGAGUAAAAGAGUCUUUGAAGAGUCCUAAAACACCUUCAGAUCAGCAGGAAGUGUUUUUUAAAUCUCAUCAGGGGUUUAUUUUUCUGCAAAAAGUAUAUUUGAAUGUCAUGAUAAUAGAAGAGAGUCACAAACAAACAAAGGUUAACUAGCUAACCUUCAGGAUGCUGACAAAACCAGUCAGUACAUUUAAAGUAAACCAUCUGAAACACGCAUGGACCCUGGUGACGCUCCCUCAUAGGCCCAUGUUGUGAAUAUGAUGUUCUGAUUGCUCACCGUGUAGCUUAUUGUGAAAAGAGACAUUUCGUUGCUGAGAGCGCCACGUUUGCCCAGAUGACUUGCAACAUUAACAAAGUAGUGAUGUUUCCUGUUUUCUUUUUUUUUUUUUUACCACUGAGUUGAAAUUGUAUAAAUAUCCAGGUACAGGACGUCCUCAGGCCAGACGUGUCCUCCUGUGCAGGGCCAUGCUGUUGUUAGGGUGUAGAGACGCUGCACAAAGCCAUGACACCAACCGUCUGCAGGGUGCAGCCAAGCAUUUCUGAUUUGAUCCAUACAUCUGCACCUCCUCUGUUUAAUACGACUUCAAAUACAGUUUUUGUUUGGAUCUUUCACCAGUGGGAAAACAAGUUAACCGAACAUUAUGUUUUUUGUUUUUCUUCGAAAUGUGUGUAAAUUAAGUCCUGUACAUGUGAUUCUUUGAUGCUUGCGUUUUUUUAUAUUUUUUGCAAGAAAAUAAUGCCAAAUAAAAACGUUUCAUUUAAA